GAGCUGGUGAAGCUCUGCGUUGGGGAGGUGGAUCCGAUUGGUGGUUUCGUGAGAUUCCAACCAAAAAUCGGCGGAAACAAGCGCCCGGAGACCACAGUGUUCAACCAUUUCGUCCAGCACCGCAUGAUCGUCAUUCCUGGCUUUGAUGUGCAGUGCAGGAUUCUCACGAUGAGCGAGGCCUACUGGUCGGUGGACGCCCCGCUGCAUGGGACCCUGGCAGAGGAGUCUGCACUGGAGAAGCAUUACGGCCAGGGCGAUGAACGCGAGGCUGCUUACCAAUUCUUCACGGAAGUGCUCAGAGUCAAGCCGAUCCUGUCAGCCGCGGACUGGCAUCAGAUCCAGUUGAACCAGGCCCAGUCACGUCCUCUGACGACGGACGAGAGGGUGGACGACCCCAUCCAGGAGGGAUUGCGCCUGUUCGCCGCCAAGGUGCCGUCACCGACUCCCGUUCCCUUGGAUCUUAAUCGUGCACUCCAGGCAGCCUACGAUCGCGUGAACCAUUCUCAGCCUCCAGAAGAGGGCCCGGAGUCCGGGGGAUCCCAAAGCUCCUCUUGGAAUCAAGGGCCUCGAGUUUGGCGGCACGUUGGAUUCCUGGGCAGCCAUCAGCACAGCUUCCCACUUUUUGCAGCGAAUGAUGUGCAGCCGCCGAUGGUGGAAACCUCUGAAGAUGAAGUUCAGCUUCUGUUACAGCUUUGUCGCCAGUUUGGUCUCUAUCCGGAGCAUCUGGCAUUCGCCUACGAUCCCUCCGGGCUCAGCGUGGGCCGGGAGAAAAUGUUCUUGGACGUGAAAUACCUGCAACGGUCAAGGUUGCUCCACGCCCAGGCCGGCUACGAAGCCAUGGUCUCCUAUUGGAGUGGCAAGUUCGCCAAGCUGGUGGCGAACCGUG